GACACCCUCGUCACCAUCACCCUGGGCCGGGAGAGGCUGAACUCCACCCUGGAGGUGUCCGGGGACACGGUGACGGCUGUCACCGAGCUGUCCCCAAGCUCACCGGGCAGUCGGGUCCUGUCCUGCACGGCCGCGGUGGCCACGGCGGCUCGGACGGUGCGGAGGCAGCUCCACGUUUACCGAUUCCCGGCGCCCAGGCUGGAGCUGCUCCCAGUGCCCGCGGUGGAGGGCGAGGAGGUGAUGGUGACGUGCCGGGAUGGGGCCACUGAACCCCUCCCCGGGGCCACUGAACCCCCUCCCAGCACCACCAAACCCCCUCCUGGGGUCACUGAGCCCCCUGGGGCCACUGAACCCCCCUCCAGGGCCACCGAACAUUCUGGGACCACCAAACCCCCUCUUGGGGCCACCGAACCCCCCCCCGGGGCUACCAAACCCCCCGGGCCGUGGCUGCAGCUCCUGGGUGGGGCUGACGGGGGGGUCCUGGCGGAGGGGCCCCGUUUGGAGCUGCGGGUGGUGGCCCGGAGGGAGGAGGACGGGCGGGAGCUGCAGUGUCGGGCCAGCCUGGACCUGGGGGGACACACGGUGACCAAGGAGGCGACGGCGCGGCUCGAGGUGCACUACGGCCCCGCUCUCCCGGCCGGGGGCUGCCCCGGGAACCGCACGUGGGUUCGGGGUGCCCGGGCGGCCCUUUGGUGCCGCGGCACCGGGAACCCCCCGCCCACCGUGCGCUGUGCCCGCGGGGGGGUCCCGGUGGGCACCGCCCGCCCCGAGCCCGUCACCAGAGACCGGGCGGGGACCUACGAGUGCACGGCCACCAACGCCCUGGGCACCGCCCGCCAAAGCGUCACCGUCACCGUGGAGUACGAGCCCACCCUGUCGGAGGGGGGGUGUCCUGCCCACCGGGUGUGGGUGGAGGGGCAGCGGCGGGACCCCAACUGGUGCCGCGCCGACGGGGACCCCCCGCCCAGCACCCGCUGCCACCGCGACCACGGGGCCACCAACCCCGGCCACGGGGCCACCAACGCCCGCCACGGGGCCACUGACCCCCGAGAUGGCACCAGGGACACCCCCCGUGGGGGUGGCACCAGGGGGGGUCCCUCCCGUGCCCCCCGGGGCGGCCGCGUGGUGUCGAGGGCAGACGCCGGGCGUUACCUGUGCCGGGCCACCAACAGGCACGGGGUGGCCACCAGGAGUGUCCUUGUCACCGUGGAGUACGAGCCGAGCAUCCCCGAGCCGGGCUGUCCGGAGCGGCGCCUCUGGCUGGAGGGGACCCCGGCCCAGCUCGGCUGCGCCGCCACCGGGAACCCCCCGCCCCGGGUCACCUGUGCCAAGGUGGGGGGCACCCGGGACCACCCCCCCGUGACAACCGAGGGGGUGGGGGACACGUGGGACCCCCCCUUGGGGACACCCAACGUCACCCGGACUGAGCUGGGGGGCACCCGGGACCCCCCCUGGGUGCCCCCCAACGUCACCUGGACCAAACCGGGGCACAACCGGGACCCCCCAGUGCCCCCCAACGCCACCGGGACCGAGCAGGGGAACCCCCAGGACCCCUCCUGGGACCCCCCCCGGGUGCCCCCCGUGGUGACCCGCGCCCACGCCGGCACCUACCAGUGCCGGGCCACCAACGCCCACGGCUCGGCCACCAGGAACGUCACCGUGGCCGUUGAGUACGGUCCCGCCGCCGUCACCCUCCGGGCUCUGCCCUCUGCCAGCGUCUCCCGGGGCGGCUCCUUCAGCCUGGACUGCGGUGCCGAGGGGGUCCCGGCGCCCACCUUCACCUGGGCGCUGCCCCCCGCCCCCAACCUGCGCCUGGGCCCCGACAACCGCUCGGUGACCGUCACCGCGGCCACCGCGGCCAACCGCGGCCUCUACACCUGCACGGCCACCAACCCGCACGGCCGCCAAGCCGACAGCGUCGUGGUCAGCGUCGACGAGAGCUGGCUGGUGGCCCUGGUGUCCCUGUCCUUGGUGUCCCUGGUGUCCCUGGUGACACUGAUGUCCCUCUACCCCCACAGAGAGCUGGCUGGUGGCCCUGGUGUCCCUGUC